GCGGAGCUUGUCACCACACACCACGAGACCACAGUUGGAAUCUUUUCCCCGCACGACACACAGCUCCGCUCCGUUUUUUUCCCUCUGUUCGGCUUCACCAGCACCAGCACGUGCAGAGUUUCUUCCUGGGUCGUCACGUAGCGUGGCGUCCUUGUUUAAAGUUAAGUGUGUGUCUUCAUUUGUGUGUGUGUGUCCUGAAUUGUUGGAGCCCACGACGGGAUCUCCUUUCUGGAUCCCACUUUGAUUUGUGUCGAGACGCCCGCGUGGUGUGGCAGCCAUCGUGAGCGUCUCUCGUCCCGAUUACGAAGAAUACAUUGCAACACCCUAUCUACCAGUGGUGAAAAGGUUUUUCGAUAUUUUGGCUAUAAUGGGUUGGCUCUAUGUGGCUAUUAUGUUUCCGGUCACCGUCUUAUUGGUGAUUUAUUGGCACAAAUGUUUAAAAGACGCUGCAAAUGCCGUUAUGGAAAGCAAAAGAAGAAGAAAAGAGAGAGAAGAGUUACGUCAGUUUCGUCAAACAUGAUCAAACCUGAAAAUGAAAACCUAAAAAAAAAAAAAAUAUUUUGAAGUGAACAAAAAAAAGGAACCAGUAAAGUGUAUUAGUUCAUCUGACGAAGAUUCGGAUUUCGAAGAAGUUCCAUCAGCUCUACCAUACCCUGGGAAUAGAGUCAUCCUUGAUAUUCCGAUCAAUCCUGCAAUAGCUGAAGAAGACGACAUGUUUGCUGAUAUAUUUACCUCUACCGUUCCCUUGAAAACUGAAAAACCAACACAUCAAUCGGAUGAUCUCAGCUCAGUUGAAACGGAUUCGUCAAUGGAAGAACCUGAUGUUUUCGUUCUACCUGUGGAUAACACUACGUCAUGCAAAUCAACAGAGUCCAUUAUAGCCACUAGCAAAAAAACAGUAUUGAGCUCAACCACUACAACUCUUGAAAAAGAAAAUAUGCUGAUAUUAUCGGAAAAAACACAAGUAAUUCAUGGAGCGGAUUUACAACUAAGCGACGAAAACUCUUUUGUUGUCUGUAAAACUGUUGUUGAGCAGCCGCACAGUUUGUCGGAAGUAAUUGAUGUUCUGGUGCCAAAACCUUUAUUAGAAAAUUCAGCGUUCUCGUCAGCGUUCAUCAAGGAACAUGUGUCGUCUCCUCCUAUCCCUAUAGCAAGAAUUUCCACUGAACCACCACCAAUUGUCCAAUGUGACAACUUAUCCCAGUCUUCCUCAGUUAUUACCAUUGAAGAAACUUCGAAAAUGAUAGAUACCCACAAACAAAACGAUGUUGAAGGUAGCUUUGAAGUUCGUAAUGUUGAAGUAACAGGAGAAAAUUCUAGAUCUCAAGUGGCUUUUGAAAUUUCGCCUAAAACUACGAAGUUAAGUGAGCCACCAUCACCAGUAGUGCACACAAUAACAACCAAGAGAAAAGAAGAACUUGAAGAGAUGGGAAGAGUUAUCAACGAAGAGCAGUCGAUUUUAAUUCAGGAACAUGGACGGCAAGAACGCCUAGCUUCAUCUAUUGCAGACCAGAUGUAUUCCGAAUCCCAGGAGUUGCUGAGGCUAUUUGGAAUUCCUUAUCUUGUCGCUCCAAUGGAGGCUGAGGCGCAGUGCGCUUUCUUGGACGAAGCUGGUCUAACUCAAGGCACCAUAACGGACGAUAGCGAUAUCUGGCUGUUUGGAGGACGCCGAGUCUACAAACAUUUCUUUAAUCAAGGAAAAUUUGUAGAAUUCUUCGAAGCCGAUGACAUAUACAAUGUUUUCAAACUAGGACGCGAAAAACUUGUUCAUUUGACUCUUUUAACCGGAAAUGAUUAUACUGAAGGAAUUCAAGGUGUCGGACCGGUUUGUGCCCUAGAAAUUUUAGCUGAAUUUCCAAAUCCUGGUUCGGAAGCAUUGGAAGAGUUUAGUAAUUGGUUUCACAAAGUCCAGGCCAAGAAAAAUGCACCUUCAGAGAAUAAGAUUCGACAGAAAAUACGAAAUCUACAAGUUAAACCCGGUUUUCCGAACAGAGCCGUUGUUGACGCAUACCACAAUCCAGAAAUAAAUGCAUCUCGCGGUAAAUUUUCUUGGACUGAUCCUGAUAUGGAUGCGCUACGAGAUUUUCUACAUAAAAAAAUUGGAUGGAAUCGAGAUAAGUUUAACUCUGUGGUGACCCCAGUUCUCGAAAGAUUCAAAGACAAACAAUGUCAAACGAGAAUUGAUACUUACUUUUCUGUGAAAUUCCCACCUAAAAUGGCUACUAUAAUAAGUAAAAGAGUUAUGAACGCUCUUCGCAAAGCUGACUUUGGUGGGGAAGAUACAGAAAUAGAGAACACCAUCAAAACAUCUUCCAACUCCAAAGGCAAAGUGUAACGAAAAGCACCUACAGGAAAAGAACAGCUAAGUCAACCUGCACGUAGUAAGAAGAUUUUGAAAACUACAAAAUUAUAAGUCGAAGUCGAACCAAAGGCAUCUACUUCGGGUGACAGCAGCAAAGCACCUGAAAUCAUCUGGCAAAAAGAAAAUGACAAGACAAAACUAGUAGCAAACAAAUUAAAAGCAAUUGAGUUGUUUAAGAAAUCCAGGGGUCGUGGCAGAUUCAAUCCAGGAGUCGGAUUCAAAUUAAUCAUAAAUCAGAGCAUCGGUAACACAGACACCGCAAGUCUUUGCCUUUACUUGCUUGUUCGUUUUUAAACGAUAAUUGAAAUCAUAAAUGGUAAAUCUAAGUUGAAUUAGUGUAUGGAAUGUUGUGAUGUUUCACCGAAUUUUCUCAUAAAUGUGUUUCUCUCUCUU